AUGUCGAUACCAAAAACGAAUCGUAAACGUUCACUUGUUGAAUUAUUUCAAAAAACUUAUUCUCAAGGCCAACCACAAAUAUCAUCACCAGCAACAAGUACAAUCGAUCAAUUAUUAUAUGAUGCUGCUAUGACAGCAUUUAGUUAUGUUUUUAUAGCUGCUACACCUGAUCAUCGUUGUCAAUUAAAUUUAGAUCAUUUUACGGAUACAUAUAAAAUACAAUCAAAUCUACAUCAAAAUUACAUUAAUAAAUAUAUACCAUCAGAAUUAAAAGAUCCAGAAUGUACUAUGUUUGAUAAAAAUAGUUCAAAUAAAAAUCCCAUACCAUGCACUCAAUGGGUAUUUGAUGAUACAUUUUAUAAUAAAACAAUAUCAACGGAUUGGAAUUUUGUUUGUACACGUCUUCAUUUAAAAGGUAUAAUACACAAUGCAUAUAUUAUUGGUACAAGUGGUUCAUUUUUAACUGGUAUUAUGUCGGAUAGAUUAGAACGACGAACAACAAUGUAUUUACUUAUAUUACUUAUGGUUAUUGUACUUAAUUCAAGGGGAGAAAGCGAGACUUUAUCUACUUCGAAAAGUAUUUGA